GGGUUUUAUGUCACGAAGAAAAGGGUUUUUCGAAGGCACAAAAUCACAGAUGAAUUACUCCGUUUUCCCACAGUGUUUUUACGUUUGAGGGAUAAUUAGUGAUCUUUAUUAGUAUUUCUUGUGUAUGUGGUAAAUAGUUUCAAUUUCUGUCAUGGACCAGAAGAAACGUACAUUAGAUGCACUAGAGAGAAGAUUUGCUCUUGCUAAAGCUGAGGUUCUUCAACAACAACAGCCAUCACCACCGCCUAAGAAUAGAAAGCUUUCUCAUGUACAACAAGGAAAUGAAGAGGGUAUUCAAAACAAGAAUUCGUCUUCAAAAUCUCUUGGUACAAAGAGUAAUAAGCCUGAUGCAUCAUCUUCUACACCAGUCUCUAAUAAAGGACAUUUUGCAUUCACUGGGUAUACCCCAGUGCGAGGAACUCCUGGAACCACAGAUUAUGAAGGAGAUGGUCCUACAUACUCACUAAUCUGUCAGCCUGUGCACGACAAUUUGCUAAAAACUGAUGUGGAGCCUACAAGUCGAGGGAGCACAGUUGACAAGAUUCUUCACACACUUCUCCAAAGUGGUGACUCAGCACAGAAAUACAUGCAGGGGUCCAGAAGCAUGAAAAUUGACAACUGGAUGCUUCUUGAUAAUUUGGUACAAGGCCAGGGUGCAACAGUUGGUGCUCGUAUUAAGAAUUAUCAAAGUCACUCAAAGCGCUCAAAAAAACACUUGUCAAUGAGACAACAUAAGAAGUGUGGUUCGUUUGAUUUGCCUACAGAGUUUCACAAUUUUGAUUAUUUCAAGCCAAUGCACGAAAUGUGGAAAGAGUAUAUUGCUCAACUCCUUAAGAAUGUUGGGGCAAACCAAUUAUCUCAGUAUCUUAUGGCUGCGGACUUACAUGGUGCUAUUCUUCUAGUUGCCGAUUGCAAAGUAAAUUCUUACACCGGAGUAAGUGGUAUAAUGAUUCGAGAAACUGCAGAAACAUUUGGGAUAAUUACUCGGGAUAAUAAAUUUCGAGUUGUACCAAAGAAGCCGUCUGUAUUUAUCUUGCAAACUGAUUGCUGGAGGGUCACAUUGCAGGGGGACAAAUUCACUUCGAGAAAUUCUGUCACAUAGCCUUGUAUAUCUAUGGUUUAGCAAUCAUCUAAUUUUGGAACGGUGAAAAUUUCGACUCCAAUUGAGCAAACAGCGUGGCUGCCAUGGGAACAUAACACUGUAUGUCAAGCCUGUAGAGGCAUCUGUGAGUAUAGCAGUUGGGAGAAUAGUAACUUCAAUUUUUAUCUGUGGAGUUUGUUGACCCUGCUCUGUCUGAAUUAGAACUUCUCUUUUUCGGGGAAGGAAAUGUUGAAUGAACCAUAAAUUGGCUGUUUCCAGUAAUACCAACUGUUGAAAUCCCGCCAUAUUUUGUGUUGUAUUUCAUUGAGGGAUUAUUCUGCGAGGGUGUUUUUCUAUUCUUCAUUUCAUCUUAAAAAAAGAAUGAUGAAACAAGCUUUUAACUUAGAUAACAAACAAAUUGCAAGUUGAAGACAA